AUGAUAUUUUCAAUAGGGGACCAGAAAAAGAAGUAUGAGACAAGAGAGGAUGUCUCCGAAGUUGUUGAGGAAAUAAGGAAAUCUCUGGACGAACUUGUUGAGGUCGACCUUUCUGGAAAUCACUUUUCGGAAGAAGCAAUGGAAGAAAUAUGUAAUGUUCUCCAGGAUGCCAAGAACCUCUGUGUAAUCAAUUUAUCGAGUGCAUUCCUAGGCCUUGAUAAGGAGAAGCUAUACAGCAAUCUUGUUAUGCUCUCGAACAUGCUUAGGACUCAUAAGAUACAGAAGAUUGAUCUGAGUGACAAUGCCAUAAGUUCGGAGUUUCCGCCGGAGUUUGGGGAGUUUAUUUCUUCCUCAACAGACCUUGUCCACUUGAAGAUGAACAACUGCGGACUUGGGAAGGUCGGAGGAGGGAGACUAGGGAACUACCUUCUAGGAAUAUCUGACAAGAGUAAGCUCGAAGUCGUGGAUAUAGCUCAGAACAGAUUCUUUUCCUUUCCAAAGGAGCUUUCUGAUGCACUUUUGAAGUUUGAAAACAUCAAGGAGCUUCGAAUCCAAUAUAACACAAUUGAGGAAGAAACUAUGCUCUUGUUCCUGCGAUCCUUCAGUAACCAUUCUCUUGAGGUGCUUGACAUAAGAGACAACUUUCUAUCAUUGGAAGGAUCUAGGUAUCUGGGAGACCUUUAUUGCGAAUGGAAUCUGAAAGAGCUUAGGGUUGGAGAUUGCAUGAUGGGAAAUGAGGGUGUGAAAGAAUUCCUUAGAAAAGCAAGCAAGAAGUUCAUACCUAUGUCCCUUCCAGGGGACUACAAUUCUAGAAGAGAAAGGAUUAUUCUUGACAUAUCCUAUAACGAGUUUGAGCAGGAUGCUGUUGAGCUCCUUAUAGACUUCUGCAGAAGAAAUACUAUCAAAGAACUCGGCGUAUUUGGAAAUUACUACGAUGAUAUAAGCGAUGUUGUUGAGAUUGUUGAGAGACAAGGGGGAAUUGUUGUAACAAAGGAACAGACGGAUCUAUCCAGUGAUGAGGAUCUUGAGAUUGACGAGUCUGUGAUUGAAGGGAUUGCGGGGUUGUGA